UUAUAAAGCCUGCUUCAUCGGACCAGCAGAGAGGGAAGGGAGUGAAGUGUCUCCAGCAGCUGAGCUUUAACUUCAGAAUGAACAUCCACCUUGCUGUGUUCCUCUGCUUCUCCUCAGGAGCUCUGUGCGCCAUCCCCACCUUCACAAAAACUGAGGGAGACACUUUCUCCUUUGGCUGCUCCUUUAAUUCACUUCAAGGCAAAAAGUUCCUCUCAAAGAAAGAGCGGAGGAACGAAGAUGUCCUCAUCGAAACCAGCGGCGUCAGCGCUCAGAGCGGCAGAUACGGCAUCAGAUACGACACCCAGUUCAACAUCUUCUACGUGAGCAUUUCACAGCUGAGCAGGUCUGACUCAGGACGGUACAGGUGUGGCCUGGGCAACGCUUCACUUUCAACAUCCCACCGCCAGUUUGAGCUCAGAGUUACAGACGCGAUGUGUGACGGGAACCUGACUCUCGCCAGUCCGGGAAUCACCGUUUGUGCCGAACCUGAAGGUGGAAGCAUCCGAGUUAGAUGCUCUUUAUCUUCGGCGGAUCUCUUCGACUUGUUCUUCUGUAAGGACGGAUGUAAAAAACGAGACGUUCUCAUCGAAACCAGCGGCUUCAGAGCUCAGAGAGGCAGGUACAGGAUCGAGUACGAGAGGAACGGAGUGUUUCAUGUGACCAUCGCGAACCUGACCAGGUCUGACUCGGGCCUGUUCAGGUGUGGAGUCAACGUGCCUUCUUCACCCAACCCAUGCCAGGCGGUGGAGAUCAGAGUGUCAGAGGCUCCAACAACUUCAGAACCCAACUCUGCUCUCCUGAAUUCAACAUCAGCCUCAGCCUAUGAACCAACAACACACAGUUUCACGUCCAGUUCAGGAAGCUGCACACCUGCCACAGCUUUCCCACCAAUCACCACUCAGUCCACAGCCGCAGUUCCAAACAUCAUCCUGAAGCAGAGGGAUGAAGAAAGGAGAGCUAAAGGUUUCAUCGUUCCACUGGUUUCAUGUCUGGCUGUCUUUGUUGUGCUGCUGGUUGUGAUGCUGCUGGUCCUGUACAGAAAGAUGAGAAAAAGGGACUCUUAUGGAGCGUCAAACCCCACAGAUCCCCCCAGCAGUGAAUACAUAGAGUGUGCCACAUUUUGAGCUUCACUUCCCAGACGGACCGAAUCCACGUACCAGACCAGCAGACCAGCAGGCAUCAGCUUCAAAUCUACUCUACGCACACAGUAUUACUAACAUGUUUUUGUAUGCAUGUGGUCCUUCAUUUGGUCCACAUUUGUAAACAGAUGUUUUUUACAGCUGUGCCUUGCUUUUAUUUUUAAACCAUAAUCAGUAAGUUUAUGAUGGGAAUAAUGGUCACUGUCAGGUGCAGUUAAAGGGGCAGCCGUUCUGGACUCCGCAGACACUGAUCCAAACGAACAAGGCCGUCCCGCAGUGAGGACGCGUCAGAGAAGAACUGUGGUCAUUUAAGGGGAAGAGAAAGUCGCGUUUUUAAAGUUUCAGGUUUUAAGUCUGUGACUCAGUCUUUGCUCCUUAUUUAAUUAGCUUAAUUUAAUUUUUAUUUCAUUAUUUUUAUUUUUUUACCGAAAUUCUGUAUUAUUGACUUGAUUUGAUUGAUGACUAAUUGAUCUGAUUCUCACUAUUGUUUUUUAAUUUAAGUUAUUUGAGUAUGUCUGUAGUUUGAUGGCUACUUUUAACACGGUCUAUGAUUGUAUUUGGACACCGUACAACAAACACAAGGACAUUUUGACCAUUCAGAGAGGGAAAAGCACAGGUGACGGCUGCAUCCCCUUUAGGUGCUCCGGUUCCACUGCCCCUGAAUUGUGCAUCGUAGGAAAUAUUUCCUUCAUGUCCACUCAGUUCUGAUCAUUUAUUCAUGUUUCAUGAUCGCUGUUAUCAUUUAUUUUGGUAACUAUGGAUUUUAUUUUUUGUGAUUAUGGAGCGUGUGGGGCGGAGGGAGGUAUGUGCACGAGACCAGGCUCACAUGACAUGUGGUGUCAUGUGACUGAGGACUGUGGACACCAGAGCUUCUGGGAGAUGAUGUAAGUUAGAGACAACCAGAGAAACAGUGGGGUCCAGGAGUGAAGCUGAGGAGUGGUCUGAAUCUAAGCCCCACAUUAGGACGAGUUCUGAAUUCAGCUUAAAACUGUUUGCUUUCAUAAGUUUGCUUUAGCUUUUCCUGGACCAGCUCGGUUUAUUGUGUGCUGUUCUGGCUCAAUAAAUCUACCCACAUCAGA